CCACUUUUUAUAUUUAACAAUUCAUACACUUAUACGUCGCAAUAUGUGAAUAUAAUAUAAUCAACUACUGUCGUUUUAGUUCAUAGGCUGAACGUUUUUACUUCUUGGCUUUGGCUUCUCUAUUUAAUUUUAUAUUUUUACUUGUCUACCUAAUCUGUGACAUUGCUACUCUACAAAUCUGUAGUAAAGUCGGGUCCUGUGGGGAGCUAUUUAUUUUUUAUUGUAAAAUUUUAACAGAAAUAUCAAAAACAUUAAAAACUUAUAAAUUUAAGAGUUGCACAAAUUUUCCAUUGUUUUUUAUGCUACAUUUAUCUUAAAAUCUUCGGUAUCAUGUCUCAGAAUGAAAUUCUUUAUGUAAAGGGAAUGGACCUGGAUGAAUCUCAAUCUGAAGAAGAUGACGGAAAUGUCUGGGACGAUAGGAAACUAAAUAAUGCAUAUGAUAAAGCUAUAAAAAUAGUGAACAUAGAGGUAGCCAAAAGGAUUGCUAUGUCCACCAACACUCAGACUGAAACUGAUUCAAAACAGAAUCAAAUAAAACCAAAGAAGGAACAUCCCAAGAAAAAAACUAAGAAAAUUAACUGGAAGGCUGGAAUGUCAUGCAGAGCUUUAUAUGAUGAAGAUGGACUUGAGUAUGAAGCAGUAAUCUUAUCUAUACUUAAUGACAGAGAAUGUAUAGUCCAAUUUUCUGAAUAUGAUAAUUUACAAAAAGUAGAACUUAGCUCUUUGCACCCAACCAUAAAUAACCAUCAAAAGACCCAAUACUCUAAGUUAGAAAAAGAUGAUGAUGGGUUUGAAAGCCAGUCUCCAUAUGGUGAUGAUGCAGAAUUAGGAGCUACGGCACAUGUGGAUUCUAUAAAGCAAAUUUAUGAACGAGUGAGUUCUGACAAAAAAAGAAAUAAACAGAAAUCAAGAAAUAAUUCAUUCACAUUACCCGAUAUACCAAUGCCUGAUAUGUCUAUGAUUAGAAAUAUGGGUGGUAUAGAGCUUCCGUUUCCACCACCUCCACCUCAGUUAGGUGAAAUACAGGAUGAACAACAAGCGGUGUCGUCAAUGCUUCUAAGUUGGUACAUGAGUGGGUACUACACCGGUCUCUACCAGGGUAUGAAAAAGGCUAAAGAAGACAUCAGAAGAGGAAAAUAACACACAUAAUUGAAACAGUUUUUAUUUCGUGUCUAAAAAUUACAUAAAGUUAAUUAAGAAUAAAUUAAUUAUGCCUCCAGGUUCGUGUUUAUGUACAAAAUAUACAAUAAAUCAACCAAUAUAGAAUACUAUUUAACAUUCUCGAAUUGGCUCAUAAGUUCUAUUCGUGAUAUUUCAUGACAAAUAUCUGUAUAAAAAUAUUGCAUAGCGAAAUAUUUGCUUAUAUAUAAGUAAUGGCGCUUGUUGCAUAGUAUGUCAAUUGUCUUGAUUCAGAGAAAAGACUAAACACGAACUGUUUUUUAUGUCAAAUCUUGUGAUAAUUUGACUGAUGCUAGUUCGCACUUAGUUUGUCUUUGAAUGUUAGCUAAACGGUCUUAAUCAUAAAAUUAACGUUGUUUUGAAAUAGACAGAGAAUGUUUUGUCACGUUUAUUAAAGUGAUAGAGCCAAAUAUUUCAUACAUUUUUGUGGUAUAGUGUGCAUUGGGACCGUUCUAUUAAGACACAUAUCUUAGGCUAAUCUUCACGGCAAUUUUAAUUAUUUACCUUAAA